AUGAAGGCUAUGUUUCAGGGCAAGAAAAAUCCGGUCAAAACCAGACCGUACGAUUUAAGAGCAGAAGUGCCGGCCAAGGUGGGGAUUGCAGAAUGCGUCAUCGAUGUGAUUGCCUCAGUAGAAGGCUUUAUUCACGGCCACUUCCAAAAAGAAGGUGGAAGAGAAUAUCCCAGGCUUCCGGAACAGUUUCCCGCAUCGGAGCAACCCAGAGAAGACACUGUGUCCUGGGAGAGACACAUCUCUAAGGUGGACUACGAUGGAUUGGGCAUGUUCCGAGCAUUCAACUUCCGGGGCGUACAGCCGAACACAUUCAAUGAAGGCACUAUUAGCUAUGACAGCGGAGAAGGAGUCAGCGGGAACAUCCGUAUGCUCUGGGGGCUGUUGGAUGGCUUUGGAAGGCGAUUGAUACCCAAGGCGGGUGAACCAGUCCGUUUGAAUGAACCUUCCCCUGGCGGAUAA